AUGACCCAGGACGUACGAGUUCCUGUUCCAGCAUCCAGCUCAAGAGCCGGAAACCCAACAGACAGAGUACGUACAAGCGACUGUGACCGUCUGGGGGGUGUUGUCAUGGCCGGAUCGGGAGGCGAGGGGCAGGCUCCAGCGAGCUCCGGCGCCAGCCUAAUGAGCGACUACCUCGACCGCCCGAACGCCAUCCACCGGCGCGCCGCGUCGCUCGCCAUCGUGCGCUCCGGCGCGGGGGCGGCCGGGGACGGCCCGCGCGUCGUCGACCGGCCCGGGCGGGAGGACCGGAGGGCGCAGUCGUCUCGCCGACCCUCGCUGUCGUUAUGGCGCUCUAGGGAGCCGGCCGCCGUUGAUUCGAGAACCCCCGUUCCGGGCGCCGGGGGUGGCAAGGAUAAAGGAGGGUCGACGUGGAGGAGCUGGAGGCCGGUGCGCGCGCUCGCGCACCUCGGGAAGCGCCGCGCGGGGUGCCUGUUCUCCGUCGAGGUCGACGCCGCCCGCGGCGUGCCGGUCUCCAUGGAGGGGUUCCGCCUCGCCGUCACCGUGCGCAAGGCGGAGACCAGGGACGGCGCCGUGCAGGCCAUGCCGUGCCGGGUGCGCGACGGCGCCGCGGACUUCAACGAGACGCUCUUCGUCAGGUGCAACCUCUACUUCUCCGGCGGCGCCGGCACGGGGAAGCCGCUCAGGCUCCAACCGCGGCGGUUCAUCGUGUCCGUCGUCGCCGUCGAGGGACGGGGCGCGCUUCUGGGCACGCACACCGUUGACGUCAGCUCGCUCGUGCUCGAGUCUCUCGACAAGAUCAGCUCCGAGGGACGCCGCGUCAGGUGGUUCCACAAGACGUUCGCGCUCUCCGCCGGCGGAGAGCUGCAGCUCAAGCUGGGGCUUCAGCUCAUGGGAGACGCAGGGCUCAGCCUCUACACGCAAGCCGGUGAGAGGGACGAGCAGUACUCUCCGGCAUCCUCUCGCGCCAGGGCUCACAACAGGAACUCGUUCAGCAUUUCAAGCACGCCCAAGAUUUCGUCAUCUGACGCUUCCAUCUCACCUUCCAUGAGGGCCUACAAGCAGCUUGUCGAUAGGCUUCGCGUCGACGAGAAUGGAGAUCCUGAUCAUCAUCCUGCAGUAAGGUCUCUGAUACCUCGAAAGCCCGGCGACGACGAGCUUUCGGCAUCCACCAGCGACGCCGGGGACGUGUUCAGCCUCCUCGAGUACGAGGUCGUGGAGAAGGGCGUUGAAACGGUCAAAGAAGUCGUCCAUUACCAGGCUCAACGCGACGUGCUGCGGGAACUCGACUCCAUUGCCGAGCAGAUCGAGGCCAUCGAGGCGCUGAUGACCAACGGCGGGAACGGGAAGAAGUCGCCCAAGGCGGCGGAUCAGCAGCAGCGCCUGGGCGCGGAUGAAGAGAUGGUGACGGUGGAGUUUCUUAGGAAGCUCGAGGUGGACGGUGUCGGUGACAAGAAGAAGCUCAAGCUGCCCGUGACGCCAAGAAGCGCGUCGGCGUCGCCAAGGAAGGCGGCGACUCCGCCCGUGGUGCCGGACUUGGGGCGGGGCAUCGGCCCUGCCGUGCAAACGCGUGACGGUGGGUUCCUGGUGUCCAUGAACCCGUUCGACUUGCCGCUGGCGAGCCGAGACGGCCCCCCGAAGCUCGCCAUGCAGGUGUCCAGGCCGUUCGUGCUGCCGGGCGCCAUGGCGGCCACAGGGUUCGACGUGCUCCAAAAGAUGGCGGCGGCGGUCGGCGCCGACGAGGUGCGCGACAGGGUGGCGUCGCUCGGUGGCAUGGACAAUAUUACGGGGAAGACGCCCGAGCAGGUGGGCUUUGAGGGCAUCGCGGCGGCUGUCAUCGGCGGGCGACGCACCGAGGGCGCGAGCUCGAGCGCCGCGCGGUCCGUGCGGUUGGUCCGGAAGCUCGCCACGGCCUUGUCCGAGGGCCGGAGCGAGCGCGUCUCCACGGGCAUCUGGACCGCGGGUGACGACCCGGAGACGCUGGACGAAGUUCUCGCUUUCUCCCUGCUGAAGCUGGAGCCCAUGGCCGUGGACGCGCUGGCGGUCCAGGCCGAGAUGGCCGACGAGGACGCGCCGUUCGAAGUGUCGGCGGCCGCGGGGGACACGACGAGCGUGUUCGACUCGCUGGUGCCGUCGGACGAGUGGUCCGAGUCUGCUGCAGGUGGCUCGGACGGGCGCGUCACGCUGGUGGCGGCCAUCCAGGUGCGCGACCCGUGGCGGCGGUACGAGGCGGUGGGCGCGCCGAUGGUCGCCGUGGUGCAGUUGGCGAGGCUGCUGGGCGCGGCGGGCUACAGCGCCGGGAGGUUCAAGGUGCGGAGCCUGCACGUGGGGGGCGUGCAGAUGAGGUGCCCGCCGUCCGGAGGCGGCGGGAGCGCGAGCUGGGGCGCGGAGAGGCAGAAGCUGACGGCAAUGCAGUGGAUGCUCGCGCACGGGCCGGCCCGCGCCGGCAAGAGGGCGACGACGCCGACGGCGCAGGAGAGGGCGAGAGUGCAGCGGCGGGCCGACGUCGUGUGGAGCCUGUCGUCGCGGGUGCUCGCGGGGAUGUGGCUUAAGACGGUGCGGAACCCGGACGUGAGGAUUGGCGGCGGUGGGAGCGGCGGUACGUGA